AUGGACGAGGCACUGAAAAAGAUGUUGCAGAAGAGAGUUUAUGAUUUAUUGUCUCAUAAAUAUGGGAUACUUAUGCUUGUUGCUGGUGUAUUUCUUCUGGCGUUAUCGGCAUUUCACUUUGGACAGGCUUGGCUGGAGUGGAGCCAAGAGAAGUAUGAGGCAGUUUUCAACUCCUUUAGUGACAACAUUGCUGGAAAAUCAUUUAGAGACAGACUCUCAGCGCCUCUACCAAUUGAUGUUGUCUAUACUUGGGUUAAUGGGACAGAUCCAGAGCUGAUCAACCAGUUGGAGCUAGUAAAAGUGUCUUUGGAUAAGAAGAAUAAUCUUAGCAGAGAAGAGCACUGUACGUACACAAACUGUCUUUGUGUGGGGAUGGUCUUGCAUCCUCCCCUUCCUAGUAAUGCUGUGUUGAAUGAUGUAAUCGAAGCUGAUAGCAUCUUUCACAAUGUGACAGAUCUAAAACAUAUGAAGGAAAAAACUGAAGGACCUGCUAACACGACCUUGCUGAUUUUAAACAGUGAAGCUGAAGUAAAGCAGAUUGUGAAAUUAAAAUCUGGGGGAUGGCAUUUCCAAGGCACUAACUACACACUGAAGCCAGCAUACUAUACCAGCGAAGGAAGUCUGCCGCAUGGUAUGUUGGUUCCAGACAUGGUAAUGAUGUCAGGAUUCCCAGCCCACUACGGGGAAGGUGACAUUCAGCAGACAGUAGCAGGAAGACUCAAUAUUACGGAUAAAGCUUCUGUUAUGGUGAAGCUGUAUCCAGAGAAGGGCCUGGCUCUGUUGCAGAUGAUCCAGAGUUCCCAUUAUGACUUACUUAUAAAAGGAAAGAACUUCACAAUUGAAGGCAAAGAGCUGAGAUUGUCCCCUGUUAAGUUAGUUUGGGACCUCAAAUUUGUUGUAACUGACGAUGUUGUGGCUGCAAGUAGGUUUGAAGAUAAUGAGGAACUCCGUUAUUCUCUGAGGUCUAUAGAGCAGUUUGCACCUUGGGUCAGGCGCAUCUUCAUAGUCACCAAUGGCCAGAUUCCCUACUGGCUGAAUCUGGAUAACCCACGUCUGACGAUUAUCACACAUGAUGAGAUCUUCCUCAACUUAAGCCACCUGCCUACGUUCAGUUCGCCAGCCAUUGAAGCAAACAUCCACAGAAUACCUGGCUUAUCUGAUAAGUUUCUCUACUUGAAUGAUGAUGUCAUGUUUGGUAGUCCAGUUUGGCCUGACGAUUUCUUCACUCAUUCAACAGGACAGAAGCUGUACUUAACUUGGCCUGUCCCAAACUGCAACGAAGGCUGUCCUUCAACCUGGAUCCGGGACGGCUACUGUGACCGAGCCUGCAAUUCUUCAGAGUGUGACUGGGAUGGUGGAGACUGUACUGGAUCAAAGGGUCAAGUGCAGCUUGGAGCAGGGUUCCAUGGAGACCAUGGCCGCUUCCUGACUGAUUUAGUGUCAUAUUGUGCCACUGGGUGUGCUAACAACUGGCUUGCAGACAAGUAUUGUGAUCAGGCGUGCAACAACCUCGACUGUGGCUUUGACAUUGGAGACUGUGGGACUGACAACUAUGACCAGCUGUACAACUUGAACCUGAAGAAAGGAGACUCUAACUACAUUCUACCCCCAG